AUGACGACACCACAAAUAAAAAGUGAACCUGACGAAUAUGAUUUCAUAAUAGUUGGAGCUGGAUCCGCUGGCUGUGUUGUUGCCAAUCGACUGACAGAGCAUAAAGAAUGGACCUCACUUUUACUGGAAGCAGGAACAGAAGAGCCCCUUGCUGCAGAAGUACCAGGCUUACACUGUAUGCUUCAAAAAACAAAAUUUGAUUGGAAUUAUCAUCCAAAAUUUGAUCAGUACUCUUCUUUUUGUGGAGAAACUUGUGUUUUUUGGCCUAGGGGAAAAGUAAUGGGAGGCUCGAGCGCUUUAAAUUUAAUGAUGUAUGUAAGAGGUAGUCGAGAGGAUUUUAAUAGUUGGGACAAAAUAGGAAAUCCAGGUUGGAGCUAUAAUGAUGUAUUGCCCUACUUCAAGAAAUCAGAAAAUAAUGCAGAUAUUCAGAUUUUAAGAAAUAAUCCCGAAUAUCAUGCAACUGGAGGAUACUUAAACGUGGAAAGAUAUCCGUAUUUAGACCCAAAUGUCAAAAUUCUUACAAAAGCAUUCGAACAAUUGGGCUACGAACAAACCGAUGUCAACGGAAAAACACAAAUAGGAACCAUGAUCACGCAAACAACAUCAAAAAAUGGAUCUCGCAUGAGUACGAACGUAGCAUUCAUCCGACCAAUAAGAAAUGUGAGAAAAAAUCUAUUCAUCAAAACACAAGUUUACGUGACAAAAAUUAUAAUCGAUUUCGAAACGAAAAGAGCAUUUGGCGUAGAAUACACAUCGACAACUACUGGUGAAUCAAGAACAGUAUACGCUAGAAAAGAAGUUAUCGUUUCUGCAGGUGCAAUCGAAUCUCCUAAAUUACUUCUCCUGUCCGGCAUUGGACCACCGGAGGAACUUAAAACACAUCAUAUCCCUCUCAUUAAAAAUCUAUCUGUUGGUCUCAAUUUACAAGAUCAUGUAACAAAUUAUUUCAUUCAAAUCAUUCCUGGUAAUAAAUCCACCUCCAAUACCAACUGUCAGGAAAAAAUACAAGAUCUAAAUAUUUACACCAAUCAAAAACAUGGUCCACUUUCCACAACAGGAAUAUCAGCAGUAACCGUACUUUUACAAACCAAAUAUGAACAAAAUCCAGAGAUUCCAGACAUAUCGAUAUAUUACGAGAAAAUUGGGGUCAUAGUUUGCCUACUGUCACCAGAUAGUCGUGGAUUUAUUCAAUUGAAUAGCACCGAUCCAAUUUGGGGAGCACCGGAAAUAUAUCCAAAAUACUUUUCCGCCGGUACGGACAUGAGACGAAUGAUUGAUGGCUUUCGUAAAGUAAUACAAGUAUUUAAUACGACAAUUUUUAAGGAUUAUAAUUUUAGACUUAAUGAUGUUCCAUUGGUGAUCUGCAAUAAAUAUGAAUUUAACAGUGAUAUGUUUUGGGAAUGUGUAAUAAAGGAAUUCUCCUAUACGGAAUAUCAUCCAGUGGGAACGUGUAAAAUGGGUCCAAAGAAGGACAAAGAUGCUGUGGUUGAUUCAAGAUUGCGAGUUUAUGGAAUUAAUGGUCUGAGAGUUAUUGAUGCUUCAAUUAUGCAGUUAAUUGCACGAGGAAAUACUAAUGCACCAACGAUUAUGAUUGCUGAGAAGGGAAGUGAUAUGAUUAAAGAAGAUUGGGUUCAAUAA